AUGACUAAAAUCAAGAAAGCGUUCAACGUAACUGUUCACAAGUAUGAAGAUUACGAGAAAACAGACAUGGAUAGUCCCAUAAUCAAGUCACACGUCAACAUCAGAGAUAUGCAAGAAAAUAGCAAAGAGACAGAAUUCCCAAAAAAUGUACUCUGCGUAAUUAUUCCACAAACAACCAACGAGGAGGAGAACGGAAAUGACUCGCUAAUUCAAACAGACAGUAUUCCAGAGACGAACUCGCAAUGCUUCGCCGAAUUACCUCAUGUUGACUUGAAACACAUCGAGAACGACGACACCUCGUUAAUAAAAUGUGCUCAGAAAUGUAAAGCCCAGACUAAAGCAAAUAAGCAUUCAUCUCUGCAAAACGACAUUGGCCAACAUUUUUCAAUCUCCGUUCGGGUUUUCCCAAUUUUGAAUGGAACAGAUUCAAAUAACAUUUUUGAUGUUAACUCUGUUUCAAGCAAAUUAAUAUUUCAAAAAUACUCCAGAAAUCGCGAAUUUCAAUUCGACCACGUUUUCUCAGAAAAUACAAACAAUUGCGAGUUGUACUGCAAAACCAUUGCUCAAUUUUCCUCCCAUUUUGCUAAAGGAAAAUCUGGCGCUUGUUUUACUUUUGGACAGACAUGUAGUGGAAAGACACACACGCUUUUUGAGAUUGUGGAUAGUCCAGGAAUUUGCUUUCAGUUCGUGUCUGAUUCAUUUUCCUUGGUUGACUCACUUGUCAUUUCUUGCUAUGAAAUUUAUUACGAAAAACUGCGCGAUUUAAUGUCUGAGAACACCAGAAAGUAUAUUUCACAAAUGACACGCAUUAGUGAGUCCCUGAAAAUGUGUUCUACGGAUGAAGGGGAAUUGAAGAUCCUCAACUUGACGCACGCAAAAGUGACCAACAUUGAUGAAUUCAUUCAGGUUUGUUAA